AUGGAUCUUCCUCGCUAUCAGUACGAGCCUUUGACUAGAUCCGAUGAGAUCCGCGUGCUGAAGCUCAGCGCAACGAAGAGCCGCAUCGAGAUUCGACUUUUCCAUGUCCCAGUCUCGAGCCACAGGUUUGAGGCGCUUUCGUAUGUGUGGGGGAAGCCAGACCAAGCGGAUAAGGCCAUUAUCCUCAAUAAGUUUGGAAAGGAAAUCGGAUGGAUCCCUUUGACAACGAACCUAGCCAACGCUAUGUGCGAUCUGCGAGACGCUCAAGAGUUGACGCGCAAAAUAUUCUGGGUCGAUCAAGUAUGCAUCAACCAGCAAGACGACAAGGAAAAGAAUCAUCAGGUGGGCAUGAUGAGACAAAUCUACACGCGAUCCAGGCGAGUGAUCACCUAUCUCGGACCCAGCGGACCAGAAAUGGAAGAGAAACGAGGGCUUGCAUUGCUUAAGAGAGUCUGUGACUUCCCGUCGGACCUGGAGAUUCAAGUCGACAGACCUUUAGGUGAGAAUGAGAUCUCCACACGAUAUGUCGAGCAAGGCUGGGCAUGGCUGGUGCGCGUUACAUACAGCGAAUGGACGCAGCGGUUGUGGAUUGUACAGGAACAGCUCCUCAACAAGAAGAUCACAACACUUCGCGGACUCCGACUGAUAGAUUGGGACGCCAUCAUCACCAUACCUAUCCUGUUUGCCGUUGGACAUCUGCCCCAGAAGUACCGCGCAAUAGGUCGAAGAGACAUGGGCGAUACCCGAAUACCCUGGGAUAAAGUCGAAGAGACCCUGUACGGCAUUUGGUGGGAUAGACAUGCACGGCUGGAACAUCGAGAUCGCUAUAACUGGUCGUCAUUGUUCCACAAUCUGCAGUGGUACCAGCCUCUACUGUGUGCAGAUCCUCGAGAUCGAGUGUAUGGUAUUCUGGCCAUCUCUCGGGAUGCGAAGACGCUCGGUCUUCAACCCGAUUAUUCGUCCACGAACACUGCAGACGUGUUGUCCAAAGAACUAUCAAUUCGUGUGCUUGAAAGCUCAGUCGAUUUGGAGCUCCUGAGUUUUGCCAUCUCCUGGCGGCGGCCGAAUUCGACGCUUCCUUCUUGGUGCCUCACCCUUGACUCCCCUGCCAAUACUAGCAUUCCUGAAACGCUGCCUCUUCGAGUGUAUACGCCACAUCCCAGGCUCUACAUACAUAAACCUGCACAAUUCCGCAAGGAUAACUCACUUCUAACUGUCAAGGGGCGAGUUCUGGACUAUGUGUCGAUUUCGAGGUCAACCAUUACCUGGGCCCAUGAUGAUCCUCGUGUAACAUCGCAGCUCGAGUUUCUCUCGAGCCUUACAUGUCUCUUACCUGACGGCGUUUCUAUCGAGGAAGUAGCUAGCCUACUUCGCACAGUUACUGCAAGAGCUCCUUGGUCACCACCUUCGGACACUCAGGCCGGCACAAAUGAAGCCAUAGCGUUCCAUUUCUGGGCCUAUCUUCAACACAAGUUGCGUUUGCUCGCAAGAUAUGCCGAGAACUCGCCCGAUGCGUUCAAGGAAUUAACCCAACUCUGCGAUCAUGUUAGGGCGGAAGUUGGACUACUUACUCCUUACAUUGCAGAUCCAGAACUUCCCCAGACCGAUAAUGCGUCUAGAGCAGAAAACGUAGCAGCUGAAAGAGUACAACGGUAUGCGUUGGAACAUGGACGACGUCUAGGCCGUACCCGCGCAGGUCGAUUCUUCAAUGCUAUGUAUCCUAUUCAGGAAAGUGACGCCAUUGUCGCUCUACAAGGCGCCAGCCGGUUGUUUGUUAUCCGCUCGGUUGGAGAUACACACAAGCUCAUUGGGGAUAUUUUCGUUGAUGGGCUAAUGCUUGGAGAGGCGUACAAGGAUCUAAGCCCUGACAAGGUUGAUCACGGUAUUGAUUUAGGGUGA